CAUUAUUGACGCACGAUGACACGACGAAAUAUCUACCUUUGUCCUUUCCGCCGUUGACGGUAGCUGAGCCAAUCGUGUCUCUCGUUGUUGCGAAGUGCUCCCACCAGUUUCGCUUGGAGCUCCCUCUGUUCAACAUGUCAUCAUCGGAGGCUAAUAAUGGCCCGAGCCAAGCUGCACCUUACCCAGGUGUACCACCCUCAGGGAUGCCUCCCCCUUUUAUGGGACCACCAGGAAUCCCACCUCAUUUCCCUCCCAUGGCAAUGCCCCCACUGGGGCAACGACCGCCCAAUAUGACCUCAAUGCCACCUGGCAUUAUGCCCCCUGGUAUACUGCCAUCAAUGUCGGCACCUCCAAUGGGACAGAUGCAAGGUUUGAUGCCACCCAUGUUGGGGAUGAUGCUGCCUCCUCGCCUGCCAGCUGCGACAGUACAGCCGACCGGGCCGCCUGGUGUUGACACCCCAGCUGCACCAGGAACCACUACUACGACAAAUGGAUCUCCACAGCACGAGCAGCCAAAAAAGAAAUCUCUGUGGACUGAACACAAAUCACUGGAUGGAAAAACCUAUUACUACAACACAGAGACAAAGCAGUCUACCUGGGAAAAACCAGAGGAUCUCAAGUCUCCCGCAGAACAAUUGCUGUCUAAAUGUCCUUGGAAAGAGUACAAGUCAGACACGGGGAAGCCGUACUACUACAACUCUCAGACAAAGGAAUCCAGAUGGACGAAGCCCAAAGAGCUGGAGGAUCUGGAGGCCAUGAUCAAAGCUGAGGAGAAUGGAACAACAGAAGUAAUAGCUCCGAUCACCUCCACCGAGCCCGUGCUGCAAAUUGAAAGCACGCCGGUGUCUGUGGCCCCCGUUGUCGAGGCAGAGCCGGUAGAAACCGUCCCAGAGGUUCAAACGUCCCAGCCGGCCCAGCAUCAAACAGCUGAGGUCAAGACUGCGGACACGCCUGUGGCUUUGUCAGAGAACAGCGUCUCUGCAGAGGCCGUGCCCAGUGUUGAAGUCAAGACGGAAGAACCACGUCCAGAAAUUCAGAAGAAAGUUUUCAAAUGGAACACCAAGGAAGAGGCCAAGCAGGCCUUCAAGGACCUCCUGAAGGAGAAGGGCGUGUCAUCCAACUCUUCAUGGGAACAAGCAAUGAAAUUGAUUAUCAAUGACCCCCGCUACAGCGCUCUCCCUAAACUGAGCGAGAAGAAGCAGGCAUUUAAUGCAUACAAGGUCCAAACGGAGAAAGAAGAGAAAGAGGAGGCAAGAAUUAAAUAUAAGGAAUCCAAAGAAACCUUCCAGAGGUUCUUGGAGAACCAUGAGAAGAUGACAUCCACCACCAGAUACAAGAAAGCGGAGCAGAUGUUCAACGACCAAGAGGUAUGGAGCUGUGUUCCAGAGAGAGACAGACAGGAGAUCUAUGAAGAUGUCUUAUUCUACCUAGCAAAGAAGGAAAAGGAACAAGCCAAGCAGCUAAGAAAGAGGAAUUGGGAAGCCUUGAAGAAUAUUCUGGACAACAUGGCCAACGUCACGUACCGCACCACCUGGUCCGAGGCUCAGCAGUACCUGCUCGACAAUCCCACAUUUGCUGAGGAUGAGGAGCUGCAGAACAUGGACAAAGAGGAUGCGCUCAUUUGCUUUGAGGAGCACAUCCGUGCCCUUGAGAAGGAGGAAGAGGAGGACAAGCAGAAGACGCUCCUGCGGGAAAGGAGGCGUCAGCGCAAGAACAGGGAGUCCUUUCAGAAAUUUCUAGAUGAGCUCCACGACCACGGCCAGCUGCAUUCCAUGUCAGCCUGGAUGGAGAUGUACCCCACCUUGAGCUCUGACAUCCGCUUUUCCAACAUGCUGGGCCAGCCUGGCUCCACUCCUCUGGACCUUUUCAAAUUCUACGUGGAAGACCUGAAGGCGCGUUACCACGAUGAGAAGCGGAUUAUCAAAGACAUCCUGAAGGACAAGAGCUUCCUGGUUGAAGUCAACACCAGCUUUGACGAUUUUGGAUCAGUCAUCAGCUCAGACAAGAGAGCCACCACACUUGAUGCGGGAAAUAUCAAGUUGGCCUUCAACAGCUUGCUGGAGAAAGCUGAAGCGAGGGAGCGUGAGCGCGAGAAAGAGGAGGCGAGGAAGAUGAAGAGGAAAGAGGCGGCCUUUAAGACCAUGCUGAAGCAGGCCACGCCCUCCCUGGAGCCCGAGGACGUGUGGGAGGCCGUGAGGGAACGUUUCCUAAAGGAAGCGGCCUUUGAAGACAUCACGCUGGAAUCUGAGAGGAAGCGGAUCUUCAAAGACUUCAUGCACAUCUUGGAGCACGAGUGCCAGCAUCACCACUCCAAGACCAAGAAGCACUCCAAGAAGUCCAAGAAGCACCACAGGAAGCGGUCUCGCUCCCGAUCGGGUUCCGAGUCUGAAGAAGAGGAAUACCACAAGAAGAAGAAACGGUCCGCAUCCAAAACCCCUUCUGAGCGCUCCUCCAGCGCUGAGUCAGAGAGGAGCUACAAAAAGUCCAAGAAGCACAAGAAGAAGGCCAAGAAGAGACGACACAAGUCUGGCUCGCCUGACUCUGACGUUGCCGAGAAGAAAGGAAAAGACGCCAAGAGGGACAAAGAGAGCGACAAAGAUGGCGACAAGGCCCGAGCCAAGUCUCACUCGGACAGCAAACACAAGUCCCCCAAACGCAAAGCCAACAAAGAGGAGGGCGGCUGGGACACAUCAGGGAGUGAACUGAGCGAAGGUGAACUGGAGAAAAGAAGAAGAACUUUACUGGAGCAGCUGGACGCACCUUGAUGAGCGGUGGUCCCAGCCACACUCACGCAUUCCCGACAAGGUGAUAGCGCCCCCUUUCAGGUCUCCACGAGAAUCUUCAACACUGCACUCGUGUGGGUUUUUGUUUUGUUUUUUUUUUUAGCAGUCGCUUUGUUCAUCCUGUCCACAUUUCGCGUUUUUCUUAGCUUUGUUUUAGUAACUGUUGUAUCGGACUCUCACCACGAAUGCAAAAGCGCUUCGAGCGGAACUUUCAAAGGAAACUCGUUUUGAUUCAAUGUGAUUGCGGGCCCGUGAGCUUUUAUACACAAUUUGUUCAAUUCGGGUUCUAACUUCAUGUAAUAAAGGACUACAGGAGAAUAGAA